AAAUUCCGUUUACCUUUUUACAUCAGGCAAGACAAGCGCGCGCCCCACUGAAUUUUCUGCAGGCAUUAAUCCGGGCACCUGCGGGUCCUUCCUCCUUUUCUACGUCCCUGAGUGAGGCCGGCGUCAAGAUGAAUGACACAGUGACAGUCAGGACACGCAAGUUCAUGACGAACAGGCUGCUUCAGAGGAAGCAAAUGGUCGUCGAUGUCCUGCAUCCCGGCAAGGCCACAGUCCCCAAGACUGAAAUCAGGGAAAAACUUGCCAAGAUGUACAAGACCACCCCUGAUGUAGUAUUCGUCUUUGGCUUCAGGACUCAGUUUGGUGGCGGCAAGACAACAGGCUUUGCCAUGGUCUACGACUCCUUAGACUACGCUAAGAAGAACGAGCCCAAGCACAGACUGGCCAGGCACGGUCUCUAUGAGAAAAAGAAGUCCUCAAGAAAACAGCGCAAGGAACGCAAGAACAGAAUGAAGAAAGUACGAGGCAUCAAGAAGGCCAGUGUGGGCGCUGCUGGCAAGAAGAAAUGAGGUGUCAGUGUGCAGUGAGCCCGGAACGCCUGGGAGGGUCUUCGUGCUCAAGAUGUUCUUGUAUAUUGUCAUCAAAUAAAGUUUGGAAAAAAGUGGAAACAAA